UUGCCUUCUUAAUUUAUUUUUUUAAUAGUAUUUCAUAAUUAUAGAUAAUAAAUAUUACUAGAAAACAUAACCUAAAUAUACAGCACUUUUAAUACGAAUAAGAAAAAGUAAGUAAAAACCAAUGAUCCCGUUAUCAAGCAAUGGAGUAUUAUCUGUGCAGUGAAGUGGAAUGGAAUCAGUAAUUUUCCAUGGCUGUGUUUCGAUCUACUUCUCCCAAUAUAAUAUUUGGGUACAUCCUGCAUUAACAAUUCAAAAAUGGCAUUCCGCGUUGAGUCCGAGAAAGAUUAUGCAUUUUUACUAAAAAGUUUAAUUGCCGGCGUAAUAAACAUUUUACAGGGGUAGCUGGAAUGUGUUCAAAAACAACAGUAGCUCCACUAGAUAGGAUAAAAAUAUUAUUGCAAGCACAUAAUAAGCAUUAUAAACACUUAGGUGUCUUUUCCGGAUUGAAAGAAAUAAUUCAACGUGAACAAUUUAUUGCUCUUUACAAAGGAAAUUAUGCACAAAUGAUUAGAAUAUUUCCAUAUGCAGCAACACAAUUUACUACAUUUGAAUUAUAUAAAAAGUAUUUAGGUGACUUAUUUGGAACGCAUACUCAUAUAGAUAAGUUUUUGGCUGGAUCUGCUGCUGGUGUUACCGCAGUUACAUUAACAUAUCCACUUGACGUGAUUAGAGCCAGGCUUGCUUUUCAAGUUGCCGGAGAACAUAUUUAUGUAGGGAUUGUACAUGCGGGUAUCACAAUUUUUAAAAAAGAAGGUGGUAUUCGAGCAUUGUACAGAGGGUUUUGGCCAACUAUUAUUGGCAUGAUUCCAUAUGCAGGAUUUUCAUUUUAUUCAUUUGAAAAACUUAAAUAUUUAUGCAUGAAACAUGCACCAAAUUAUUUUUGUGAAAAAUAUGACAGAAAUACUGGUGGUCUAGUUUUAACGAUACCAGCAAGAUUAUUGUGUGGAGGUAUUGCUGGUGCUGUUGCUCAAAGUUUUUCUUAUCCAUUAGAUGUUACUAGAAGACGGAUGCAACUAGGUAUGAUGGAUCAUAAUACUCACAAAUGCAAUUCUAGCAUGUCACAGACUAUAAAAACGAUAUAUGAAGAAAAUGGUAUUGCUAGAGGUCUGUAUCGUGGAAUGAGUAUUAAUUAUCUACGAGCUAUUCCUAUGGUAUCAGUUAGUUUUACAACAUACGAGAUCAUGAAACAAAUACUACAUUUAGACACUGGACUAAAAUUCUAAUUUAUCUAAUCAGAACACGUAUUUGUGAUGUCUCAGUUCUUAUAUUUCUAUUAGUGGUAAAACGCAAUCAAUAUUAAUAUUUUUCUACAAUUACUGGGACAAAAAUAUUGUUUGAUUUUUACUUUGUAACAUAGAGGUGAUUCUUUCAAUCUAAUUUAUUAUCUGUAUGUGAUAAAUUUAUGCAAGUAUGAUAUGCCACGAAUAUGUGAAAUAUAUGGAAAAUAUUUGCGAAGUAUACAUACAUAGAAUAAAUAUUUAGGGUGGACCAACUAACGUGACCACCUGAAAUAUUUCACUUGUUA